UUUCAGAACUCAUUUAGUCAUUUUGUUCCGUUCAUCUUUUAGCUUCAAGCGCCUGAAAUCAUAUACAGCAAAAGAGGAUGGCGAAAUCAGUUACCUCCGACGCGAUUUCGAUAUUGCUUGCCAACCCCUCGCCAGAUUCUUCCUCGGAGCUUCCAGAGAUCAUCGUCCAAGUUCUGGAUCUCAAGCAAAGCGGUAAUAGAUUCAUGUUCACGGCUAGCGAUGGAAAGGUGAAGUUAAGGGCAAUCCUCCCUUCUAAUCAAAAUUCCCAAGUCAUUUCAGGAAGUAUUCAGAACCUGGGUCUUAUCCGCAUAGUUGAUUAUACUCUCAAUGAUAUCCCAAAUAAGUCAGAGAAAUAUCUUAUUGUUACAAAAUGUGAAUCAGUCUCUCCCGCUCUUGAGAUGGAGAUAAAAACAGAAGUCAAGAGUGAGUGCCCCACCAUUCUUUUGAAUCCAAAGCAAGAGUGUGAAAUCAAUAGUGAGGCGAAAAGUGAAGCUGCUGGCAUUAUUUUGAGACCAAAGCAAGAAAUGGUGUCCAAAUCUGCCGCUCAGAUUGUAUACGAACAACACACAAACACUGCCCCUUCUGUACGGAUGGCCAUGACACGCAGGGUGCGCCCUCUUGUUUCCUUAAAUCCUUAUCAGGGUAAUUGGACUAUAAAGGUUCGUGUAACAAACAAAGGGAAUAUGCGUUCCUACAAGAAUGCUAGAGGGGAAGGUUGUGUCUUCAACGUGGAAUUGACAGAUGAAGAUGGCACUCAAAUUCAAGCAACAAUGUUUAAUGAGGCUGCCAGGAAAUUUUAUGACAGAUUUGCGCUUGGGAAGGUUUACUAUAUUUCCAAGGGAACUUUAAAGGUUGCCAACAAACAGUUCAAGACUGUCCAAAACGAUUAUGAGAUGACGCUGAAUGAGAACUCUGAGGUGGAAGAGGCAGCCAAUGAAGAAAGUUUUGUUCCAGAAACAAAAUUUAACUUUGUCCCGAUUGAUCAGCUGGGUCCUUUUGUCAAUAGGAGUGACCUUGUUGAUGUCAUGGGAGUUGUUCAGAAUGUGUCUUCCACUAUGAGCAUUCGAAGGAAGAGUAACAAUGAGAGUAUUUCAAAGCGUGAUAUUACUAUUGCUGAUGAAACAAAGAAGACAGUGGUUGUGUCUUUGUGGAGUGAACUUGCAACUAAUGUAGGGCAAGAAUUGCUGGACACUGCUGAUAAACUUCCAAUAGUUGCAAUCAAGUCUCUCAAGGUUGGGGAUUUUCAAGGCGUUUCCUUGUCAACUAUAAGCAGAAGUGCAGUUCUGAUUAAUCCUGAUAUACCUGAAGCGAAAAGGCUUAGAUGCUGGUAUGAGUCUGAAGGUAAAGACGCUCCCAUGGCUUCCAUUGGCUCUAGUGCAUCUGUAACCAAAAAUGGAAUGAGAUCAGUGUACUCUGACCGUAUUUCUCUUGCUCAAAUAACCUCAAACAAGUCCUUGGGAGAGGACAAGCCUGCAUUUUUCAGUAUCAGGGCACAUAUAAGCUCCAUUAGGCCUGAUCAGACAAUGUGGUAUCGGGCUUGUACAACUUGCAACAAGAAAGCCACUGAAGCCAUUGGAUCUGGCUAUUGGUGUGAAGGUUGCCAGAAAAACGUUGAAAGCACUUUAAGGUAUAUUUUGGUUGCAAGAGUUUCUGAUGCAAGCGGCGAAGCUUAUGUCUCGAUCUUCAAUAAUGAAGCUGAGGCGAUCGUUGGGUGUUCUGCUAAUGAGCUAGAUAGCCUAAAAUCAGAGGAGGGAGAAGAUAAUCCGUAUCAAAUGAAAUUGAAACAAGCGACCUGGGCCCCUCAUCUAUUCCGUGUUAGUGUUUCUCAGAAUGAGUACAUGAACGAGAAGAGGCAGAGGAUAACUGUCCGAGCUGUUGCUCCAGUUGAUUAUGCUGCUGAGUCAAGAAUUCUCCUGGAAGAGAUUUCAAAGAUGACAGCUCCACAAUAAAGUUGAUAUGCUUAUUUUGAGUUUAGGUUUUCUGAAUCACAGCCCUUUUUCGUUCUUGUUAUUGGCUCUAACUAAUGUAUAUAUCUUCGUAAUUUAUCUAUAUGCACUAUGCUGGCGGCCUUUCCCGUUAUUACAGCUCUGGAUGCGAAAAAUAUAUUGUAUUAGUGUAGUCUUUUAGUCUUUUAAAAAGAUAGCAAUGAAAGCUUUUGAAUUCA